GAUCGAUGGUGGACCGGAUCUAAGAACAAGCGGCAUUACGUGAUUCAUUGGGGAAAGGCCAUUCGUGAUCCAGUUCAGGCGCAGAGGCUAAAGAAUAAUUGGGGAAGAAUCGGAAGAUUGGUUACGCAUGUCGAGAUGAAUUUGGAUGCUUUGGUGGAUGAUAAUAAAAAGAAGAAGAGUCAUCACAAUCACAAUAAGAAGAAGCCAAAAGAUAUUGAGAUUAUCAUCAUUUCUUCGGAUAGUGAUAAUGACGGAGACGAGGACGAUGAUAACAGCACUAAUAGCAAGAAUAAUAACAAUAAUAAUAGUGAAUAUAACAAUGGAAAUAAUAAUUACGAAGAGGAAGAAUGCAGGAAUUAUGAAAUGGAAGAACACGGGGCAAUAAAAAUUAGUGAAUCAUCUUUAUCACCUUCGUCAACUUCGUCGUCAUUACCCUUUUCAUUGUCACCUUCUUCCUCGAAAGGAAGCAGCAUCUAUCAACCGAGUAGUAGCGGGGAUUAUGGCGAGGAUGACGACGAGGAAAUUGAUAUUGAAUCUUGUUCGGUGAAGUCGGACGUGACAAUGAUGGAUUCUGAAUGA